UUGCUUUUGGAGCUGCGCAAUGCUGAUAUGAGUUGGCCAGAAGAAGUGAGCUGUCUGGAAAAUAAUGCCGAAGCCGAUGGCGUAGAAAAUUCCGACUCGGCACGUGUUUCCGGGAUAACAGGCUUGUACAACAUGGGAAAUACGUGCUAUAUGAACAGCGCUCUGCAGUGUCUUAGCAACACUCGACCCCUUUCCAGUUAUUUUCUCAGUGGAAAACAUAAAGAUGAUAUCAAAAGGUUGAAAUCAAAAGGAACUGUAGCGAUGGAAUACGGCAAUAUUGUGAAAGAGCUUUGGUCCGGCAAGAAACGCAACAUCGCUCCAAUCAAACUGCGGGUAAAAUUUUAUUCCCCGACGCAUCUGUUGGAGGGCCUUUUUAUUGAUGCAGACAAGAAUAUGAUGGCAAAUGUCAGAAUCCUCUUUUCAUACUUCAGUUUUUAUGGAAGGUAA